AUGUCUGGCAAGUACGUCUUCACUCAGGGCCUGAAGGAGCUCCGCUUCCUCUUCUGCCAAACCUCCGAGGCAAGCGCUGCCACAAGGUCUUUCCUCAACCGCGCCUACCCCACUAUGAAGAAGCAUAACCCCCAGACUCCCAUCAUGAUGCGCGAGGCCGCAGGCACCCAGCCCCGGGUGUUUGCCCGAUAUGGGACUAAUUUAAAUUGUGAUAACAGCAUUCGGAAAGGAGAAGCAGGAGGCUUUGACUGGCCUUACCGACACCCAGAUCGAAGACCGCAUCACCCAAUUGGUCAAGCAGUCAUAAAUUCAUUCACAUCCCGCAUUAUCUUUAUGUCCUCGCCUUCCCGCCGUUUCACAUCCAUCUUCUGUACCUAUAGAUGA